AUGGACAAGCUCCAGUCCUUUACUCGUUUCAAGAAGUCUUGCCCAUUCCUGGGCAGGACAAAGACGACGACCCUCCGCACUUUGUCAACCAGCUCGUCGCCCCGUUUCCCGUCCCUCACAGCCCUCACAGAGCGCGCCACCAAGUGCCCCGUCAUGGGCCCCGCCCUCAACGUCAGGUCCAAGGAAAUCGUCGCCGGCUACGCUAGCGUUGCUGCCAACGGCGACGUCGACAGCAUCCACAAGGCCAAGGGUGUCCACCCACCUCCAGGCGCUACCGUCGAGAUGUGCCCCCAUGCGUCCGCCGCUCGUGCUGCCGCUAGGAUGGCUGAAGACCUUGCUGCUGCUGCCGUCGCCAAAAAGUCCAAGGCUGCUCAUGCUCACAAGGCUCACAAGUCUACCGCGACCAAGGAUGAGGCUGCUACCGCUGCCGCUGCCGGCUGUCCCUUCCACCAAAAGGCCGCCUCCGAAGUCCGCGCCGAGGCCAAGCACACUGGCUUCAAUUACGACAAGUUCUACGUGGAGGAGUUGGAGAAGAAACACAAGGACAAGUCCUACCGCUACUUCAACAACAUCAACAGGCUCGCAGCCAAGUUCCCCAUUGCUCACACCAGUCGAGUAAGCGAUGAAGUAGAGGUCUGGUGUGCCAACGACUAUCUCGGCAUGGGUAACAAUCCCGUUGUACUCGAGACGAUGCAUCGCACUCUUGACAAGUACGGUCAUGGUGCCGGUGGUACUCGCAACAUUGCAGGCAAUGGAGCUAUGCAUUUGGCCCUCGAACGGGAGCUAGCCAAUCUCCAUCGCAAGGAGGCCGCUCUUGUCUUCUCUUCCUGCUACGUGGCAAAUGAUGCGACCCUCGCUACGCUUGGUUCCAAGCUUCCCGGCUGCGUCUACUUCUCCGACUCGAUGAACCAUGCGUCGAUGAUCCAAGGCAUGCGUCAUUCGCUUGCCAAACGUCAUAUUUUCAAGCACAAUGACCUUGAAGACCUCGAGAAUAAAUUGAAGCAAUAUCCAAAGGAAACCCCAAAGAUCAUUGCAUUUGAGAGCGUCUAUUCCAUGUGCGGCAGCAUUGGCCCCAUUAAGGAAAUUUGCGACUUGGCUGACAAGUACGGUGCUCUUACCUUCUUGGACGAGGUUCAUGCGGUCGGUUUGUACGGACCCAGAGGCGCUGGUGUUGCAGAACACUUGGACUAUGAGGCCCAUGCGGCUGCCGGACAAAGUGGCAAAGCCAUCCCUGGCUCUGUCAUGGAUAGGGUUGACAUUAUCACUGGUACUCUCGGAAAGGCUUAUGGCGCUGUCGGUGGAUAUAUCGCUGGUUCUGCUGAUUUCGUCGACAUGAUUCGGUCCUACGCUCCCGGUUUCAUUUUCACGACUUCCCUGCCUCCUUCCGUUGUCGCUGGUGCUCGCGCCUCCGUCGCCUACCAGAAACACUAUGUCGGUGAUCGUCAACUCAAGCAAGUCAAUGUUCUUCGGGUAAAGGAACGCUUCGCUGAAUUGGAUAUUCCCGUCAUCCCCGGCCCCUCGCACAUCGUCCCUGUCCUUGUUGGUGAUCCUGAAUUGGCCAGGGCUGCUUCGGACAAACUUCUCGCGGAACACGACAUCUAUGUCCAGGCCAUCAACUAUCCAACUGUUGCUCGCGGCGAAGAGCGUCUUCGAUUCACGGUCACUCCUCGGCACACGGUUGAGCAAAUGGACCGACUCGUUUCCGCUGUGGAUCAAGUCUUCACUGAACUUUCGAUCAACCGCUUGGCGGACUGGAAGCGACUUGGUGGACGUGCUUCUGUUGGAAUGGAAGGAGCUCCCGACCACGUCGAACCCAUUUGGACCAAGGACCAGCUCGGACUCACCACCGGCACGACUCCCAAGACCUUGAGGAACGGCGACAAGCCCAUCGUUGAUGCGAACGCUGUCACCGCCGCUCGCAACAUCUUCAACAACCUUCUUGGCCCCAUUGAAGGCAAGCUUCAGCCGAACAGGACCGUGGUGCUGGCCGAGGGAGGAGUCGAACUCGUCACUGGCACGACUACGACCAAGGGCGAGUUGAGGCAGAGCGGUGUUAGUGUACCUGUAGGACAGAUGGAGAUGGGGAAUACUGCUACUGCUGAAGCUCAGACUGCUUAA